AAAUUGCAGGAGGAAGAUUUCCCAUGCAGCGUGGAGGAGCUGGAGCUCAUCUUCGAUGGGCUGGAUGAUGCCGGCACCGGGCGAUUGAGCACCGAGGAGUUCGCUGCCGGGCUCCGGCAGUUCCUGAGCUCCCAAAAAGCUGCCAGGGACCACCGCCGGCGGAAAACAGCAUCCCGAAGGGUCCGCUUGGUCCUCCCCAGCCCGGCGCUGGAGGGGGUGGACAGCGAGGAACAGAGACGCUUUGCCGCCUUCAUGGAGCAGCUGGGCACGGACAAUGUCCCUGGAGAACAGGAGGUCUGGCAGCUUUGGGUGAAGCUCCGGCAGGAGGAACCCCAACUCCUGAGCAACCUGGAUGACUUUCUGGCCAAGCUGAGGCACCGCAUCCAAGAAGCCAGGAGCAAGAAGGAGGCUUUGGAGGUGGCCCUGAGCAAGCGCAUAGCUGAGCAUGACAAGGAGGUGCAGCAGCUCUGCAAGGCCCUGGAGCAGCAGAUCCAAGAGGGGAAGCAGCGGCUGGAGCAGGAGAGCGUGUCCUGGAGCCAGCAGCACGGCUGGGAGCUGCAGCAAGCGCUGGAUGCCAGCGAGAGGGAGGUGCAGCGCUUGGUCACAGCGCAGAAGGAGCUGGAGACGCGGUGCCACAGCCUGCGCAGCACGCAGCAAGCUCCCAGCACGGAAAACCGGCAGCUGGAGGAGAGGAACCAGGUGCUGGAGGACCAGCUGCAGCAGCCCCUCCACCGGCAGCUCCAGCAGACCCGCGAGUGCCUGCAGUCGGCGAGGGCCGCGGUGGCUCGGGAGCGGGCAGAGGAGACCGGGGGCAGAGCGGUGGUGGAGGUGCCCAGCGCGAUGCCCAUGUCCCCGCAGAUGAGCCCGGAGAAGAGCGAGAAGUACCACUCUGAGAUGCAGAUCAGGCUGGGGUCCCAGGGCGGCGAACCCAAAGCCAAGAGCACCCACCAAGUGCACUGGCUGUAUCUGCCCAAACGUUGUCUUUUCACCCCCGAUAACGUCACCGUGGAGCCCGGGAAGAGGCACACUCGCCUGCCGGGCAGGGGAGCGGGACUCGGGCAGGGAGAGGGGGCUGGUGUGGGUGUGCAGCCAUGGGAGGAGGCUGAAAGCCUGGACAUGCUGGAGGACCUGAGCACUGGUGCUAACGAGCAGCUGAUGGCAGAGGUGGAUGAGCACAAACAGACCCCAGGAGGAGGCCCAGAAGCAGAUCUGCAGCCCCUGACUGCGGCUGCUUUGUAUCCUGAGCGUGCCACUGCCGAUGGUCCUGAUCUGGAAGAAAAGAUGGGAGCACUCACUGGUCCUGCUUGGCAGAUCCCGGAGGAUACCCAGACACUGGGAUUACUGCAGGGAGAGAGAGCUGCUGCAGAGGGGAGGCCUCUGGAUGGAGCUCAAGGUCUGGAGGAGGUGCAGGGAGAAAGGCAGGAGGCAGGGACGGAGGGUUUAGUCAAAACCUAUGAUCCAGGGCUGAAACAGGGCCACGAUGAUGGUGUGUCUGAGCUGGCCUCCCCCGUCUCCGAGGUGCCAUUACAGAUCAGCACGCUAAAGCUGGAAAUGAUGAUGCAGGAGGAUGUUCUCAUUCCAGAUGUGUGGCGGCUAGGCACUCCGGGACAGGCAUCCCAAAGCGAGCUUCAGGAGCAGGUCUCAGCACAGGCAGAUAAGGUGAGGCUCCACACUGCUUCCCAGCAGCUGGAGGAGAAGCCACCGCACGUGAUGGAAACAGAGCACGUAGCUGCUGGACCUGCUGAGCCUCCAAAACAAGAGGUGCCACCAGCAUCAACCCUCAACGCAAGGGUCCAACAGGAGGAAGAUGCUGGGAAUCAUCAGCUGGGGAUGGUCCUCGGAGGCAGCUCAUUGGGAGCUGCAGACAACAGCAGCGUGCAGCCUCAAAGGCAGCUCUUGGGAGAACACAGCGAAGACCUAAAUGUUGGUCAACAGGGGAAGAGGCAAGAAGUUGGGCGGAAAACAAGCCAUGAAGGCAAGCCUGGCCCAGGAGAGCCAAGGGCUGUGACUGCAGAUGGGGCAGGAGCUGCACCAAGGGGUUCGCCAGAUGCCUCCCUGGACCCAGACCACCUCUACAACGUGCUGUUCGUUGGGGACUCCCACGUGGGCAAAACAUCGUUCCUGUACCGGUUGCAAGCCGACACCUUCAACCCACACCUCACCGCCACAGUAGGACUGGACUAUCAGGUCAAACACCUCGUGGUGGACAACAGGCGCUUUGCUCUCCGCCUGUGGGACUCGGCUGGGCAGGAAAGGUACCGCAGCAUCACCAAGCAGUUCUUCAGGAAGGCAGACGGGGUCGUGCUGAUGUACGAUAUCACAUCGGAGUACUCCUUCUCAGACGUGCGGUACUGGCUGAGCUGCAUCCAGGAAGGAGCAGAAGAAGGAGUCACUAUUCUGCUUCUCGGAAACAAAACCGACUGCGCUGCGGAGAGACAGGUCCCAACCGAGGAGGGGGAACGCUUGGCCAAGGAGCAUCAGCUCAUAUUUUUCGAAUGCAGCGCUGCCUCGGGCCACAACGUCUCCGAGUCCAUGGUCAGCUUAAUCAG